AUGUUGAGCUCCCUCUUCCUCCUGAAGGUCCUUCUUGCUCUUGGGUCCCUGACAUCCUGGGUGGCUGCAGAAAAGCAUGAGGCUGGCGGUGAAUGUCCUCCCGACCCCCUUCCAUGCAAGAAGCUGUGCGAUGGAGACAACUCCUGUCCUCAGGGGCAUAAGUGCUGUAGCACUGGCUGUGGGUACAGCUGCCGAGGAGACAUUAAAGGAGGACGGGCCGGUGAAUGUCCUAAGGUUUUGGUGGGCCUGUGCAUUGUCGAAUGCGCCGAGGACAAGAACUGUCCAGCUGGGAAAAAGUGCUGCAAGUCAGGCUGCGGGCGCUUCUGUUUCCCACCAGUUGUGAAGCCCCAACUGGCCAUGAAUUAG